AGAGAGGUUAAGUGGCUAACAUGCUUUUGCUGUGCUCAAACAUUGCUGAAAAUUCAUCACAUUUUCGAAACAAAAAGUAAACUCUAUAUUUGUUACCUGUAGAAGUGACGAGAAUAGCUCAAACUAUAAUACUUAAGGCUAUGAAAAGGCAAAAUUAAUCGGUUUGGGCUCAAUAAUUAGUACAAUUCAAGACUUGUUACGAUCAGCUUUCAAGCAGCAGCUGAAGAUAAGAAGCUGACCCACAACUUCUACAACUAGCAUCAAGAUGGUCAGCCCGGUGCUGUACCGUCUGGACGUGGCAGACGAAGGCUACAGGCGAAGACGAAGCCACUGCGUCCUCAGUAUUCCCUCUGGCAUGGCGGGGGCUCCCUCUGGCAACACUACGCCGUACUACAACAUCGCCAUGUUUGAUGUCUCAGGCUCCAUGCGAGAUGUUUGGCCUUAUGUCAUGACUCACUGGAACACCGAAGUGUCGCGUCACGUCAAUGGAACUGUUCACAUCUACACAUUCAGUGCCGCUGUCAAAUUCCGCAGAAACGGAACACAACUGACACAAGACGACUUCGAUAACUCUAGUACCGAUUUAGCUUCUGCAAUAACAACCAUAAAUAAUUGUGUGCAGCAAUGUAGGGAAACUAACGUAAGAGUUUUCCUAGUAACCGAUGGGCAUCAGUCUGGUGCUCGCGGGGAUCCUGCAUAUGCAAUCUCCCAAAUGCGCGUACCGUAUUGCAAAACAGUCGAGGUUUACCUCUUGGGCGUGGGCGAUUCUUUUCCUGUCCAGUACAGCAAGGACAUCCGCUCCAGGCUGCACAACGGCUCGGCUGGAUGCCCUACUUUGUUUUGGGCCCGACAAAAUCAUGAGGUGCAACGCGAAAUGGGGCACAUCCGCGAGGAAAUGUUGAAAGGGAUGUCGAGAGUGCACGUUUCUGUUCCUGGUAAAGUCCUGCCUCUGGUUCAGGAUACAAAAAGUGAGGCAUAUAAUGGUGAGUUCCUUUACUACGAGAGAGACCCUGCAGAAAUAAUGAGGUCGCUUGUAAUAACAGCAGGUGAUGGUGCCAGAAUGCCCAUUCAGGGUCUCAUCCAAAUGGCCUCCGCUAACUUCUUGGUGAGUAACUUGUUCAAGCAAUGGAAUGCUGUUCUCGUCCAGCGCCACAGCAACCGAGACGAGAUCCCGAUGGGCGUCUUCGACUUGAUGCGUCACAUCUUCGAGUUGCAGCUGAACCAACUUGAGCCCAUGAACUCAAGUUUGAGGUUCCGUCUUGAUCGGAAGUCAGAAAGGGGCUUGAAACUGGAAUUCUCCUCUAUGCUAAGUUCGACGUACGGGAUCAUUUCUGGCGAUUCCCGCUUCCAGAACGAGAUUCAGCUUGCCGAAGCCAUCCUCAAGUCCACCGUGCAAAACCGCCCCCACGAAUCUAAGGAACUCGAAACCAGAAACCACGGAGACGCUGAGUGGUCCAGGGACAUUCAGACCUUCAAGGAUCUCUAUCUUUCGAUUGAGAGUCAAGUAAAGGCUUUGCCUCAACCAGACCCCGAAGACUGUUGCAGGAUACUGAUGUGCUCGUUCGUCGGUGACCUCAAAGACCCAGACUUCCUGGAACUUCUGAAAGAAAACAAGACGGAUUUUCUUAAGACCAUGUCUUUCACUGGGGUCCCAGUUUUCGCUUCUCAUGGUUACUCUCGUGACAACAGCCCCUGGACUCUGAACAUCAAGAACAUUUGUGGGAACCCUUAUGAAGUGCUCGCGCAACGGGCUUUGCAACCCACCCUCGACAUUCCAAUGGAUACUUCUGACGACUUCGAACUGAACCUGCUGCAGGAUAACCCAAACUCUGCAUGCAACGCAGUAGUGCCUGUCAUCCCAGCGCAACAUUGUCAGCUCCUACAGAGGCUGGUAAGAAGCAACGUGUUCAGCGUGGGUGUCACUCACUGCAUCCUCCGGAACUCGUCGAUUAUCGACCAUUCAUGUCACUUGGCCGCAUUGGGGGUCGUUUGGUUCAAGACCAUCACCGACCACCCUGACCAGUCCACCAGAGACCACUUCAUCACUAAACGUCUCGCUGACAUUGAGGCCACCGCCAGGAUCUACUUGGAUGAACCUGACAUCGUCAAAUACCUCUCGGUCCUAACCACUGCGCCUGCCGUUGCCCUCAUGACGAAGGGAGAACAUCAGGGUGAUGUUGUCACCUGCGAGUCGCUUGUUAAGCCACUUUUCCUCAUUUACUUGACCAGAGAUAAAAUGCCAGGGCUAAACAUCGACUUGUUCAAGCUUCUUCUGCUGGAGUUCGUGGGCAGGUGCCUGGCUUCAUACACGUCCAGUUCCCCACACAUGGACUUCUUCGCGCCGCAUCUCACCGACGAAAAGCGGCUGAGCUUCCUGGCUUCGGUCACCGAUCGCGUGCUGGCAACGCUGGACUUGGACGCGGCGUGACGGCGGUACCUC